GAGACAUACUGACCCCAGUGUGUGGAACACUCCAUACCAGACAACUGGGACACAAGGGAAAAAUCAAAGCUUGUUUAUACAUAAGAGCUGGCUCAGCUGUUCUUUGGACUGAUUACCAAAGUCAGCUGCUUGGCCAAGAUUCAGCAUUCCUACACGCUGAUGGUGGCCUUGGAGUCUGGCCUGGCCCGCUGUCCAGGAGGAUAUAAAUCUCAGCUUCUUUAGCCUUGCUGCUUCAUCGCCAGACGAAGUUGCUCAACCGGCAACAUGAAGGUGGGCGGCCUCUUCCUCUUUGCGGUCCUCCUCACCCUCAGCAAAGAGCUCCAGGCGGCUGGUAUCUGUGUGGAGGAGUGCCGGGGAGACCAGGACUGCGGGGCAGGAGAACGGUGCAUCAGCAAUGGGUGUGGCCACGUCUGCUCACGAGCCGAGGAAAGCAGCAUCUGUGAGCGUCAGUGCAGAGAAGACAAGGACUGUGGAAGGGGGAAACAGUGCAUCAGGAAGGGCUGUGGGCACAUCUGCUCCUACACUGCUAGAACAGGCCUCUGUGAGCAACAGUGCAGGAGACACCAGGACUGUGGAGCCGGCAAACAGUGCAUCAGGAAGGGCUGUAGCCGAGUCUGCUCCCCGACCCCUGACGCAGCCAUAGGGAUCUGUGUGGAUCAGUGCCGAGAAGACCGGGACUGCGGUGCAGGGAGUCGGUGUGUGAGCAAUGGAUGCGGCCACGUCUGCGCCCCAGCGCGAGACCAGGCCGUAGGGAUUUGUGUGGAUCAGUGCCGAGAAGACCGGGACUGCGGUGCAGGGAGUCGGUGUGUGAGCAAUGGAUGCGGCCACGUCUGCGCCCCAGCGCGAGACCAGGCCGUAGGGAUCUGUGUGGAUCAGUGCCGAGAAGACCGGGACUGCGGUGCAGGGAGUCGGUGUGUGAGCAAUGGAUGCGGCCACGUCUGCUCCCCAGCGCGAGACCAGGCCGUAGGGAUCUGUGUGAAUCACUGCCGUGAAGACCGGGACUGCGGUCCAGGAACUCGGUGUGAGAGAAGUGGAUGCAGCCAAGUCUGCACCCCAGCGCGAGACCAGGCCGUAGGGAUCUGUGUGGAUCAGUGCCGAGAAGACCGGGACUGCGGUGCAGGGAAUCGGUGUGUGAGCAAUGGAUGCGGCCACGUCUGCUCCCCAGCGCGAGACCAGGCCAUGGGGAUCUGUGUGGAUCAGUGCCGAGAAGACCGGGACUGCAGUGCAGGGAGUCGGUGUGUGAGCAAUGGAUGCGGCCACGUCUGCUCCCCAGCGCGAGACCAGGCCAUAGGGAUCUGUGUGGAUCAGUGCCGAGAAGACCGGGACUGCGGUGCAGGGAGUCGGUGUGUGAGCAAUGGAUGCGGCCACGUCUGCUCCCCAGCGCGAGACCAGGCUGGACAAAGACCAGGAGCUUGUCCCAGGGUGCCGGCAGGAACUGUUGGGCUUUGUGUUGAAAGGUGCACUGGGGAUGCAUCCUGUCCUGCGGGACAAAAGUGCUGCAGCAACGGGUGUGGUCACACCUGCCGAACCGCAGUUCGAGACGAGGACUUCCUUAUUCGUUUGGAUGAUUGAUGGACCUUGGCCUCCUUCAGUGACUGUUCCCAAAAGUCAUCUUUACUCUAAGAGCUUGGCUUUCUCACUAUCUUUUCCAGGAACCCCGGGAUCCCAGGAUGAGAAUCUAAAAUAACUUGGUUUAAGGGUUGAAUUCUGGCCAUUGUUUGUGAAAUCAUGGGGUGACUGCUUCCAAAAUUAUCUUCCUUCUGAAUAAAAUGAUUCCUGUGGCAUUAUCCAACCUGAGUCA